AGGUACCUACUCGUGAAAGCAUGUUUCCCCAAAAACCACGCCUACCAUAUCAAGAGAUUGUGUGAUUUCUGUGUAGACGAUUGAUUAGUGUCUUUAAAUUAGAAAACUUUUAUAUGAAGUAAAGAGUUCUUUAUGGGUAUUUUUAGACAGGAUAUGAAUGUGGAGCUGCGCUAGCGUGCAAGAGCUAACGGUAAUUAGGAAUGUAAGUAAAAAGGCGGAGUGAUUUUGCAAAAGUUGCCAGAGGGAUGCCGAGUAGGCAGCUAAAAAAGCGAAAGAAUGAAAGAAAAGUCAAGUUUUUUACUGUGCAAGGAUGAAACCAAGGAUCUUUUAAUGAGUUCUGAAGCUUUAGUAGAUGAUAUAGAUAUUCUAAGAAGGGCUAUCCACGUUUUGGCAAAAAUCUACAAUAGAGAAAAUUGCAUGCUGCAGUUCGAAGUCUUCUAUAAACGAUUAUAAUGCCAUUCCGUCUGUCGUCUGAUACUUAAAAUCAUGUCAUGCAAGUGUUAUAGAAACGGUUAAGACUCAUGACCUUUUUCCCGCGUAGAAGUUCUAAGUUUUGCGAGGCGCAGCUAGGCAUCGAAUACAACGAACCAAUCUACCCUCAAUUUGAUUUUGGAUUUUGAAAAGGCUUUAUAGUAAAUAGAUUGAUAUAUUUGUUACGGGAGCUAGCACUUGCAAGUUGUUCCGGAGUACAUUAGCUCGUGGAAUUGCGAGCGAGCAUGAAACCAAAAGAAGCGCCGUGUGUACAAAUAAAAUGGAGCAUUGGAGGCCGAGCUAGGGUUGUUUUAGAUCUCCUUAUGCUGUAGCAAUACUAGCAUGUCGUUCGUUUCUAGAAAUUAGAUUCUAAUUGGGUAACAUGAAGCAUUUACUUCGUCUGUAUGAUAUAGAGCCCGUGAGAGGUCGUGUUGUUAUGCCGUAGUUUAUUUUGAUGUUCGACUACUUGAGUAAUACAAGAUAAGGUUCUACUCUACGUUGUGAUGAUAGACCGAAGACAUCGAAAAGGAAAAAAUGUAGUGCCGUAGUCGCUUCGGAGUAACAAGCAGCAGCUGUGCGAGUGUAGUUGUACUUGUUGGUAUCAAGGAAGCGCAUGUGUGAAAAAGAAAACACGAUCUGCAGACCAGAAGAGCAGAAGGACGAGACCUGCUUCCGUAUAUGGAGCGAAGAAAUAUUUGCAUUCUAGUUUCGCCAUUUUUUGUGAGUGGACGGACCAGAACAAGAUAUUGCAUCCACUGAAAUCGAUUCCGCGCAGCAUCUCACCAGAAUCGCUACACGACAUUCGCUCUGAGUGACAGUGCCGACAGCGUUAGUGACUCCCUGCCUUGCUUAGUUCGUGAGGAGGAGCCUCAAACAUCACUUGCACUUCCGGCGACUUCCGACGUGGCGCAUUGACUAGAGUCAAUACGUUGGUGCAAUCCGAAAACACAGGCCAAUUUCAAGUAUUCGGUCUUUGGUGAAUUGCUUUGUCUGGAUAAUUCCUGUGUCCGGGUAGAUUACUUAACAUAAAUACGCACAAGCAGAGCCGCGAGUUUUAUUGGCGAACUUCUUGGUCUGCUACUUGAUUGUCAAGAUGGGAGACACUACGCGAGUUGUCGUGCCGAAGCGGUUUGGUCUUAAAUACGACCCGCCGCAGGUCGUGCUCGAGUAUUUGGAGCCAUCAACGGGCAAGCUCUUUCAUCGGGUCAUGGGGUUGAGCAAGCUCAAAGCAGGUACUCCUUGAUUUGAAAGUAUCUAUGAAAUCUCUUUCAUUUUUCUAGAAGUAGUUGCAAAAUUUUUAUCUGAUUUUUACACCUUCGUUCAGUCUAUGUGGGCCAGGUUCUCGUGUCGAGAUCGCUUUGCAUUUUUUUUUUGCGGCUCGACUUAGUCAUUAGGGAUAUCCUUCUAGGCUACGAAAUAGCACUUCCAUUCGUGCGAAAACAUACCGCAUUUCUUCAAAAUCACAGAUACAGAUCCGGUCAAGGUUGCAUUGAAGCUGAAGGAGAAAAAUGAGGCCUAUCUCAGCGACGAGAAGGUUUCGACCGACCAGCUGGUAUUCGGUUUUGUUUUGUUGCAUUGGGUUCAAUGUAUUCAUGUUUGUUAGUGCUUCGGUGUAUGUUCGUGCUUCGAAUGUUUUUAUAUAGAGAUAGAGCAAGAACAAGCUCUCAGUGGGGUUAUAGCAUACUUUUGACGUUUCAGGCACAGGUCUUCUAAUUUCCGUAAAUCACCACUGAAAUUUUCCCAGGUAUCUUUGAUAGCAAAGCUGCAAAAGAGGAGAACAAGAGUAGCUGAGCAGGAGGGGGGAGAAGCAACAACGGCUCCGAGUAGCGCCCAUCAAAUAGGUAAUGGCAUUGGCAGUAGACGUAGUGAGAGCAGUCGUGAGCGGGACUGGAGGUCGAAUGAGGCGCAUUCGGAGCAGCACCCGCUGACGUCUUCCAAUCUGAAUGCCUUGAAUGCCAUGACCGAGGACGAGCGGCGCGCGAAGGAUAAGCGAACGAAGGAAUUUUUGAACGAUCUGCCGCCUUUGGAGCAGAUACCGCCAAUCGACCCAACGAUAACAAGUAGCAGCUUCGGGGGGAAGGACUCAGUGCCACCGCCAGUGGUAGGGGCAAAGGAACGCUCAAGCCCAUCUAGCGCUGCGUGGACAAAGUCGCCUGCUGGCGGCCCAGGUGGCGCAAGCAAAUCGCCAAAUUCAACGAUGGCGGAACACAUGCACACGACAACAACGGCAGCUUCUUCAAGAACGAAGCCACAUAGCAUUAUGUUCAGAUCACUUGCUACAAUGAAAGAUGGUCAAGUCUACUUAUUUGGAAUUCCAAAUUUGUCUCAUCGCACGGCAGCGAAUAGUAAGUGGAACGAACAAGCUCUUUGCUCCUUUUCCAUAACCGAGCAGGCAUGUAGUUGAAUUCGAUGUCUAGUAUAGUUUUUGGAGUGAUAGCUAAGCACGAUUUGACCAAGCACAUAACUAAGCACAAGUAUCUGAUGGGUAGUUGUGCGCCAUCCUGCUUCUACGGUGAUCGCGAACGGUCGCAAGGGAGGCACUUAGAUAGACUUUACUGGGUAGCCUUUGCCCUAAUUCGUGCAGCCAUAGCAAGCAGGAUCCUGGUGGCGGGGGUAAACUUGCGAGGCCACAGGACGGCGUGUCUGCGAAUCCCUCAGCCGCUGCAAGCGGUGUUCCUGGUCUUCCUGGUGUGCCGCGCGGGCAAAAGCAGUGCAGUAAGGACUCAACAUCAAGUUCAAAGCAAAUAGGCAUAGACGGUUUCGACUACGACAGCUUCGACCUGAAUAAACUCUCGAAAGAGGAAGUGCAGAAGCACAAGUUUGCUAUGGAUAAGCACUUCGAGGCGAACCGCAUCAAACCCGGAGAUCCAGGAUACAUCUACGAUGUGCGAAAAGAUUUUCGAGAGAGUCCGCACCUAGACAAUGACUGGGAUGACGAAGAGUCCGUCGACAUUCCGUGAAUGCCAUCGCGACGUAGAUGAAGACGGUCCGUCAGGCUGCGCUGAAGUGUCUCUGCUUCAUCUCGAACUACUUGGAAAGCAUAAUUUUCCCAUCUUCAAAUAUUGAAAAAUAGCAUUAUCUACAUGCGUACUAGGAGACGAGAAGCAUGUAACUCAACUCAUGAUGAUGUUGUUGGUCAAGCCCUACAUUAUUCAUCGUGAUUAGCUCACAGAAAUCUCCAUUUGAGCUUGAGAAGUAUUCUGCAUUAUACUAACUUGACUUUUUUCCUUCCGACAUCAUUAGACCUACCUUGUUUGGACUUAGAUACUCACAACUAUCCUUGCCCCCGCCCCUUUCGUUUAUUUCGUCCAUUCUUUUCCUCUUACAGUUACAACUGAUUCUAAUAGUCUAGGUUUACGUAGUACAUCAGCAGAGCAGCUUCAGGAGGACGCUCGUUUUUUGCUUUUGGUCAAUCUUGUCGGUAGAAAGAGAUUCAUUUGGUCACACUUGCUCGCUUCACAACUAUUCCUAUCGUUUUUUGCGCAACCCCGUUCAUAUUCCAUCUAAGUGUUUGGGUCUGUUAUCAUGCUUCAAUUAUACGGCUCGACUCGUAUAAUUAGGUAAUUUGGAGAUCAACAUUCACAAUUCAAUCAUCUUCCUGUUGAUUGUGGUGUUGUGGCUAGCGACAAAAAAGUAAUGAACGCUAAUGCGAAGUACAGCACUUACGUUACCCAUCGUCGCAAUCUGUACGAGGGCUAGGGCUAUUGCCCGCACAAAAGAGACGACAAAGGAGUGCGAGUACGAGGAGGCAAAUCAAAAGGUCACUUUCUCCGCAUUACUUUUUUUCGUUGCCAUUCAGGUCCUCCAACCUUCCUCUUGUUCUGUCGUGUCUUCAGCAUGCACAAUGGGACGACCAAAAAUCUUGAUGUCGUACGUGUGGUCAGCGCAACAAUAUCUAUGAGUGUUAGGCUUUAUCUAACACCGCGAUUCCUGCAGACGGUGGGUUGCAGUUGUGAGUUCGGAUUUUAUCAUCAUUGACAAAGGAAAGACUGCGAUAUUGACCACGAAGCUCUAGAGCUG